UGAUGUAACAAAAUGAUUGGUCAAGAUCCUACUAUGCGCAAGGUCCAUGACGCGGCUUUCUUGACACUUGUUAAAGACGCCAUUUUAUUGUUAGUGGUGAACAGGAGCCUAAAGGAAAGAUCGAGAAACCGCCACGUAAAGAUUAGUCAAAAUGGGGAACAUGUUUGCAAAUCUGUUUAAAAAUCUCUUUGGCAAGAAAGAGAUGAGGAUUCUGAUGGUGGGUCUGGACGCUGCCGGGAAGACCACCAUCCUUUACAAGCUCAAACUGGGAGAGAUCGUUACCACAAUCCCUACCAUCGGUUUUAACGUAGAGACGGUAGAAUACAAGAACAUCAGCUUCACAGUGUGGGAUGUGGGCGGUCAGGACAAGAUCAGGCCACUGUGGAGGCACUACUUCCAGAACACACAAGGCCUGAUCUUCGUGGUGGACAGUAACGACAGAGAGCGAGUGAACGAGGCGAGGGAGGAGCUGGCGAGGAUGCUGGCUGAGGAUGAGCUCAGGGACGCCGUGCUGCUGGUGUUCGCUAACAAGCAGGACUUGCCCAAUGCCAUGAAUGCGGCGGAGAUCACAGACAAGCUGGGCCUGCACUCCCUGCGCCAACGCAACUGGUACAUCCAGGCCACCUGCGCCACCAGCGGGGACGGCCUGUACGAGGGCCUGGACUGGCUGUCCAACCAGCUGAAGAACGCAAAAUGAUGCAUCAUUCCACCGUCUUGUCUGUCUGUCUGUCUGCCGUCUAGAUCUUUGUCUGCAUCCGUGCAGUGUGAUGAGCGACAGUGCUGGUCCCAGUCCUCACCCGACCCCGCUCCCACCAGCUCCCCUUUUCUCUCUCACGUCAUCCUCUGACCCAUUGGGACUUUGACCAGUGCUAUCCUGAUGUGUGUGUGUGUGUGUGUGUGUGUGUGCGUGCAACAGUGGAUCCUGAGUGUGUGUGUGGGUGUUUGUAUGUAUGCAUGUGUGUGAGGGUGGGUGGGUGCAUGCAUGUGAGCUGGGAGUGGGAGCAUCCCUGCUGUGCCUUUGAACAGGGUUCCUCUCACACCUGUGGAAACGGCUGCAUGGCUAACCCCCCCUGGACCCCUCCCCCUCCCGCCUCACCCCCAGGGCAUCCCAACAUCAUUUGGUUUUCGAAAGGCAAAGAAAGACCCAGGAUGAGUCUUGUGUAAUCUGAAAUGAAUAAAGUUUAUAGAAAUACUAAAUGACCUGAUUGACAUCCACCACUGUUAAGAUCUGUUCAAAACCCUUGUUGAAACAACUGUUGAAUUGAGACCCCAUAACACGCAAGAAUAAUAACUCAAUGUAACCUGUAUCAGGUUGGAAAAAAGACAAUAAAAAGACCUUUUCCAUCCUAGAUCCUUCUUUGCAUUCUUUGGAAAAUCCUAUUUUUUGUAAUGCCAGUGAACGCAUCUUAUGUCCUGCCCUCCCCCAAACCCUAAUUAAAGCUGAAGACAUGAUUGAGGCAAACCACUCUGCAUCUUCAGUUAUUAUUGUGGCAACUUGUUUGUUUCUAAUGGCUUUGGCGCUUGAUAAAGCUGUGGGUGGCUGGGUGCACUGUGGGUGAAACAAAUUCAGUUGUAAAAACCUAUUUAAAGUUAAACCUGAUCGUCAUCCAGCCUGCGUAUGUUCUGUCUUAUGUUAGAAAGGGUAGCUAAGUCAAAACCAGUGUUCUUGUAGAUCCCAACUUAACCUUGUCAUCAAGUCUUGAGAACUCAUUGAUGCAAUAAGUUCAGUGUCUGUGUGUGUAUAUGUGUUCUGCAUGGGAGGGUGUGGUUUGGUGUAGUAAGAGUUUGUGUGUAGAGGGUGGAAGUGGGGUGGGGGGAGGGGUUAUGAUUUCUGCUGCAUUCCUGUCCAAUGGAACGCGAGGCCUUUCGAGGGCUGCUCCCCCACUCUGGCUUUCGACUCGGUUGUUGUUUCCCCUUGUCUAUUUUCAUUAUAGUUUUUAGGACAUUCUUAUUUGGAUUUUCUUUUUGUACAAAGUACCUGGUUUCUUUGUUUAGCAUGCGCAGACGAGCCAGGCCUGUAGUCUUGCAGUCCAAUAGGCAUCAUUUGGGUUGACUCAAUGAGGGCUGGUUGUGUUUCGGUUCGCUUUUUCAGGUGUUGGCUUUGCAGAGCCUGGCUGCUGUAGGGGCAUCUCCACAUGCCUCACUGGACAGUCACGCCUGUCUACUCCCAGUACGGUGUUAUUGUUCUGCUCCUCAGCCCACAAUCCAAACUGGAGUAACGAUGUUACAAAUGCUGGGCUUGAUCCUUGUUUUCUUCUGUGUACAUAAUCAGGGGAGCUAUUCCUGUCGUUACCACAGGUUUGUAAACAUCUUCCUCAUGUGAAACAUGACCAGCUUGCGCAAUACAGUGCUAUAUAAUGACAUCCCGAGUUUGUCCAUCAAGUUCCCACAGCAAGCCGCACCCAUCAGCAAUAUACUCCCUCCCCUGUCAUCUGUGCUGUAUUAACGCCACCAGCGGUCACAAAGUGGACUACGCUCCACGUUGUUUGAUAGAUUAUACUGUAACUAACAGAAUGGUUUUCUGCGCAUCCAUAUAUUCCAAAGGCUUCUGCGAAUGUUGGCGAGAUACCAUAGAUCCACUUUAACACCCCUGCUUAUUGAAGAAAGCCUUUAAAAAGGUUGCAAUUUCACACUGACCUCGGAAGGGAUGGACUAGGCUUCUCCCUGAUAUCUCUGUACAACUGGACAGUUAGAUGUUAUAUUGUUUAUUGAACGCUCAGUCUCAGCAAGUUUUGUGAACUAGUACUACUACUUUUGGCCUUUUUUUGUCUGUCAAGACCCUGUAGUUAGUGCUAAAAACCAUUGAGUUGAAUGGUGAGCAUCAUUCAUGGUAUAUGGCAAGUAAUUAAAGUGUAUAUGAACUUCUGUAUGGAAAUGUGUUUUAACUUGACAGUACAAUUUAGCUAUCCUUGUUCAGAUGUGAAGCUUUAAUUUUUGAGAUAAUUUCUGUACAAAUGACACCAGAAGGUGUGUGCAUAUGUUUUCAUUUUGUUUUUCUUAAUUAUUUCUCUUUGUUUGUAGCUUCUUUUUUUUUUAACCCAUCUUGUAACUUCUGAGAAAUGCACUAUAAUAAAGAUAUCUCUAUUACAAA